GAUGGGUCAACCCUUCCCCAGAGAUACCCAUCGCCAACAGGUUCAUCGGGGUCUCUGCCAGAAAUGGGCUCCACGCCUCUUAUCCUCUCCAUGGGGCUGAGAGGUGCAGGCCAAGCACAGUCUGGCUACCCAGGGGGAAGGGGGAAGGAAACCAUGGAGCCCCCUACCAGUGACUCCCUUUGCUUCUUCCGGGGCUCCACCAUCCCCAUCGACCAGGCCAGACCAAGCCACAACCUGGCCUUGACCAGGAAGGAGCCUAUUGGGGUCUGUGGCAUCGUCAUCCCCUGGAACUACCCCCUGAUGAUGCUCUCUUGGAAGACGGCCGCCUGCCUGGCUGCUGGGAACACAGUGGCGAUCAAGCCUGCCUGGGUGGGUCUGGGCGUGUUCCAGGCGGGGCCUAUGGACAGUAGAGGAGGCGACAGGUGCCCCGUUGGGCCCUCUGCCCACCCAGGACUGGCACCUCCUCAAGGGAGGAAGGGUACUGCUGAUGAGGGCUGGCCUUCCAUGGGCUUCGCUCACAGAGGCGGGGGGGCAGCACGCAGCAGGGGUCAGUGUGGGCUGUAG